GAGUGAAGUGGGCGGAGCAUUAAACGAUGCAGGAAGAGCGCUGAUAUCACAACCAAUGUGGAAAUAAACAAGCCUUUCUUUCAACCGUGCGUAAAUAUGAUACGUUUGUUGUUUUAGAUAAACACACCAAAUCGUCACUAAAAACAUAAAGGAGUGCCUGUAAGAAGGCAGGAUACAUCAUGACCGAGCACAAUGAUUGCAGUCUUUCCUCUGAUGAGAGGGUGCGUGCCCUCACCAAGCUCGGGAGCUCUGUGGACGUCAGCGAAGAUGUGCCGCCCCGACGAUACUUCCGUUCGGGAAUGGAGAUCAUCCGAAUGGCAAACAUCUAUGCCGAGGAGGGGAACGUAGAGCAUGCGUUUGUUCUUUACAAUAAGUACAUAACGUUAUUUAUUGAAAAACUUCCUAAACAUCGUGAAUAUAAAACAGCCAACAUUCCUGAGAAGAAAGAAACAAUGAGGAAAUUAAAGGAAAUCGCCUUUCCAAAAGCGGAGGAGCUGAAAAUGUUGCUUCUUAAGCAGUAUGAGAAGGAAUAUGCAGAACAACUUGUCCAAAAGAGAAUCGAGCAGGAGGCCCAGGCUCGAGACGUGAUCAAGCAGCAGGAGCUGGAGGCCCAGCGACAGAAACAGGCCGAGCUGCAGCAGCGUCAGCGCGAGCAGGAGCAGCUCAUCGCAUUCGAGGAGAUGAUCCGCAAGCAAGAACUUGAGAAGGAGCGGCGGAGGAUCGUUCAGGAGUUCGGCCCGCCAAAAUCACCAACUUUUCCCGUUGAUCUCCUGGUGACUGAUGUACGUGGACCUCCACAAGCUUCGUUCUCAACACCAGCGCCGGCUGCUGGAACUCAAAACCAUGUAUCUCCAACUUCUAGCCUUCCGGGGUUUCCAGCGUUCGAUCGCUCUUUGAAGCCGGCUGUAUCAGUCAGUGCAGGACAUAGUGUUUUGAUAAACGGCUUGCGGCAGCUCUCCGUUCCUGCCGAGCUGUGCCAGAAAUUUUUAAAGCUGGCAGAUGCCAACACAGCACGAGGGGUGGAGACCUGUGGGAUUCUCUGUGGCAAGCUGAUGAAAAACGCUUUUACAGUGACGCACGUGAUCGUUCCCAAACAGUGUGGCGGUCCAGACUACUGUGACACAGAGAAUGAAGAGGAACUUUUCCUGAUCCAGGAUCAGAAUGACCUCAUUACACUGGGCUGGAUCCAUACUCACCCCACCCAGACAGCCUUUUUGUCCAGUGUGGACAUGCACACACACUGCUCUUACCAAAUGAUGCUUCCCGAGUCCAUAGCCAUCGUGUGCUCACCUAAAUUUAAUGAGACGGGCUAUUUUAGUCUAACGGACUUUGGGAUGGAUGAGAUCUCUUCCUGCAAACAAAGAGGGUUCCACCCACAUCCAAAGGAGCCUCCGCUCUUCUCCGCUAGCCGACACACCAUUAUUACCGAUGGAAGUGUGACCGUGAUGGACUUGCGGUAAAGUCAACACUGCUGCUUCAGAAUACGUGCCUUUGCUCCAGACAUCACGGCAACACACAAACUUGCCAAGAAAAUCUCUCCAUGGGUGAAAUGAAGUGUUACGCUGAACAUCGCCGCAGGCUUCUUUUGUCACAUUUUAUCACCCUGUGCACAGAUUUCAUUUAUCUGGUUUAAUUGCCCCUGGUAUCGCAAAAAUACACACUUCACCUUUAAACAGUUUUAAGUAACCUUUGCAGUGUUUUGUCAUUCCUUAUUUAAUCCUUUUAAAAUGGUGAAGGUGAAAUGCAAUGGCUCAUGUGCAGGAUCACGUAAGCCAUUGACUUGCUAUUGGUCUGUGGUUAAACAUGCAGAUGUUUUUAGUUUUAGAAAUGCUUUAGCUGUUUGUGUUGUUAAGAUGCCAUUGCAGUUUUAGACAGAUUGGCUUCUGGAAAUGUCAAUGAAACUUCUGUCUCUUUAAAAACUCUCUCAUCCGUACAUUUUUGCCUGUCAUUAUAUCAAAAAUGUCAUUAUUAUACGAUGCUUUAGUUGCUAAGCACUUUUAUCUUUUAAUAUCACACUGUAAGUGUACCAGUAUGGGACUGUUCACAUGCACCAAUGUUUGUUGCUCUUUUGUUUGCCAAAGCUGCUCUUUUAUGUGAACAGCCAAGAAAGCAUUGCUGUUAUUAUUAUAUUUAUCAGACUGUUAACAGGAUAGCAGAUGAUUAUAAGCAACAGUUAUAAAAUCCUCUUUAGCUCUGUUUUCUUUCACCCACACUAUUUACUGUUGCUCUAUUUAUGAUGCAUCCAUAACACUGAGACAAACACCUCUGUAUCUGUGUUGUUUAUAAUUGACUGUAUAUAAAUAAUCACACUAUAAAUUUACUUUUGCUUCUUUCUUAACAUUUUGUCCAAUGCAAAUAGCUUCACUUGAGAUUUUAUCAAAUGCUUUGAAAAACAGCAUUCUUGCUAUUGCACGUAUGAGAAGUGGUCAAAUGAUUUCA